GUUUUUUCUUUCUUUCUUUCUUUCUUUUUGGACUUUUGACCAUAAACAUGUAUGCUUUGAUGAGUCACUGUCUGCCCGGUUGGUUUAAUUCGUUGUUGAAUUGCACACUGAAACCGAGUUUUGAGAACCUUGCUUUGAUGAGUCACUGUCUGCCUGGUUGGUUUAAUUCGUUGUUGAAUUGCACACUGAAACCGAGUUUUGAGAACCUUGCUUUGAUGAGUCACUGUCUGCCUGGUUGGUUUAAUUCAUUGUUGAAUUGCACACUGAAACCGAGUUUUGAGAACCUUGCUUCUAGCUGAGGGGAAACAGUAUAAGAACCAUAGACUUGGUCCGUUGGUCUUGAUACAUGUAAGAGUAUUUUAGAAGUUUCAAUGUUUUUUGUUGACUCCUGACUCACUUUAUAGUUUAUACUACCAGAUGUAUUGUAGAUUGUUUUUUAUUCUCCACUUACUCUUUGAAUGCAGUGGUUAUUAAUCACUGGUUAUUUUCCUAGGCCUAUUCCAGAUAGUAAAUCACCGUCUUAUGUCUAACUUUUCAAUCAUUUCCUAUUGGUUCCAAAGGCAGGAGAAAGCUUUUCCUAUAUUUUCUGAGUUGAGCAUUUCUGCUGGCUAGGCUGAUGCUAGGCCAUUUUAAUGGCUAUGCGAUUGCAGGUAAUUUCAGAGAAUUACCAGGUUCUCUGACAGUCACUUUACUAUAUUUUUUCUGGGUGCAAUCUGUAGGCAGAAGCAAUCAGUUAAACAAAUGGGGGCCCUAUUCUUACUAAUAAUUGCUGCCAUACUUCUAGGCUUUGGAGAAGGUUCUGGCAGGGAUUCUAGUGGCACUAACUCAGAUCAAGUUCUCUUUCAUGGAAUCAUUCUUGUUUUAGUUGCUUCUGUGCUCUCUGGUUUGGCUUCUUCUCUUUGUCAGUGGGCUUCUCAAGUGAAGAAACACAGCUCAUGCUUCAUGAAUGUGGAAAUGUCUAUAGUUGGAAGCCUGUGCUUAUUGGCAAGUAUGUCUAAGUCUCCAGAUGGAGAAGCCAUCAGACAGCAUGGGUUUUUUCAUGGUUGGACCGCAUUGACUGUGGGGUCAUUUGGAUGCCUGGAAGUUUUAUUAGUUGUCAAGGGUUUACAGGCAACCCCACUUAAAGGUGGUGUUUGGACAGAAAAUUUCACCUGUAAGCGAGUUACAAGCUGUUCAAGUGGAAUGCUCAGAUGCAUGAUUCGGCCGCUUAACCUGCUUUUUUCCCACACCCUCCAUGAAGGUAACUCUGUCGCGGAUGCUCUAACAAAGUUAGGUAGCGAUAAACAGGCUGACUCCCUUUAUCACUCCAGAGCUGAUCUCCCGAGACACAUUAGAGGCUCCCUUGUGCUAGAUUGCACCGGUACAGGCUUUAUCAGGAGCUCCAGCGCAAGGCAGAGAGUAGGUUGA